UUCAUUGCUCUCCCGGCCAUUACUACAACUCUACAACCCACAGAUGUAUCAGGUGUCCUGUAGGAACUUACCAACCUGAAUUUGGCCAGAAUUAUUGCAUCACUUGCCCUGGAAAUACAAGCACAGAUUUUGAUGGUUCCACCAACGUUACCCACUGUAAAAAUCAACAAUGUGGUGGAGAACUUGGAGACUAUACAGGGUACAUUGAAUCCCCAAACUAUCCAGGAGAUUACCCAGCCAAUGUCGAAUGCACUUGGAAUAUAAGCCCACCUCCAAAGAGACGGAUCCUCAUUGUAGUCCCAGAGAUCUUUCUCCCAAUUGAAGAUGAGUGUGGUGAUGUUUUAGUAAUGAGAAAAAGUGCUUCACCUACAUCAAUUACUACCUACGAAACCUGCCAAACCUAUGAGAGACCCAUAGCAUUCACCUCCCGGUCACGGAAAUUGUGGAUUCAGUUCAAAUCAAAUGAAGGAAACAGUGGCAAAGGAUUUCAAGUGCCCUAUGUAACAUACGACGAGGACUAUCAGCAGUUAAUAGAAGACAUUGUUCGCGAUGGGCGUUUAUAUGCUUCAGAAAAUCACCAAGAAAUUUUAAAAGACAAGAAAUUGAUUAAAGCCCUAUUUGAUGUAUUGGCACAUCCUCAAAACUAUUUCAAGUACACAGCACAAGAAUCAAAGGAGAUGUUUCCAAGGUCGUUUAUAAAACUAUUGCGGUCAAAAGUUUCCAGAUUUCUACGACCAUACAAAUAACUUCUAGUGCUUUUCCAGGAACGUUUGUUUUAUUUUUGGUUCUUUCGCAUUCCAGUUAAAUAUUGUAUUGGGUUUGACUGUAGAAACAUUUUUGCUGAUUUUAAGAUUUCCUGCCCAUCUUUAUCUUAAAUUGUAUAUUGAAGAUAACUAUUGUUUUAUAAUCUCCAAUAUUUGAUGGGAUUUUUUUUUCCACCUCAAAGAAAAGUAACUUGGAAUUCCAGAGAACAUGACUUUAUUUUCAGUUUAUCAUAGAGAAGCAUUUGUUUUAGAAAAGGAACCUUGUUUAUCUACCACAUAAAGAAGAAACCUGCUCUUCUUUUUGAAGAAACUACCUGCAAAGAAGAAUUAUUGAUAGAAAAAGUAUGUAGUAUAAAUGAUACUUGGAUUUUGAAUUGCACUUGAACUUUAUAUGUGAAAUUUUCAGAAGGGGAAUCUAAACUUCAUUGUUUUCCUUUUGGUGGUUUUAUGGACACUUUUUUUUUUUAUAAACCAAAAAGAAGGUGGGGGUAAAAUAUAGCUGCCUUAACUUUUGUGUAAUGGGUUAGGCAAGAAUAAUCCUACAAUCCAUAGAUUUCUUGCUCCAAUAUCACAUUUUUAAAAGUCUAUUUUGAAAAUGGAAUGCAAUGGUUGAAUUAGACACAUAAUUGGUUUCUCUGCUAAAUAUUACACCAAGAAGGAAGGAUCUUAAGGGGGGUGGGGGGGUGGACACUAGUAGCUAGUUUUCUUGCUCUUGACUGAAUAUCUAAAUAUGUACAAAAUCUAAUAGGCAUCUGUUUGUGAAUACCAGGGCAACAGAAAUAUCACUCAUAUAAUAAUGUUUUCCAGAGGAAUAAACCACAUCUCAGAUGUUUGGUACAAGGUGUGAUGAAGUGGGGUGAGAGAUUAAUGUUUUCUCUCCCUUCCUCCCUCGCUCCCUCCCUCCCUCUCCCUCUCCCUCCCUCCCUCUCUCCCUCUGCAAAGGACUAGGGCUCUUUUAGACCUUGGGAAAGAUAAAUUAUUUUGUCCUUUCAUGUGUGCAUUCAUUGGUUGACGGCUUUUAAUCCUUGCUCAAUAUGAUCUGCUUAUCAUAAGUGUUUUAUUAUAAAUCCCUGAGUUGUGGAGGAGAAAUACAUUAUCCUACUCUACUUCUUGGCAUCAAAGCUGACUUCAAUACCUGCUGUUGUUGGCAUCUCUAACCAUGGGCAGAGAAUUUAACACGGUUUGAUCAGGGAAGAAAAUUGACAAGAAUUGAAGAUCCCAAGUUCUCUUCCAUGUCCAAAGAACUAGGAUAAUGAUUAAAUUAGCCAUAAAAGUAGUCUUCCUUCCUUCCAUCCUACUACCGUGUUUCCCCGCAAAUAAGACUCAACCAGAAAAUAAGCCCUAACAUGAUUUUUCAGGAUGCUCGUAAUAUAAGCCCUACCCCAAAAUAAGCCCCAGUCAACCAGACCAAAGCAUUUUAGUGCCAUAUUUCCCCUAAAAUAAAACCUAACCAGAAACUAAACCCUAAUGCAUCUUUUGGAGCAAACAUUAAUAUAAGUCCUGGUCUUAUUUCCAGGGAAACACGGUAGAUGUUGUAAUCAAAAUGUUUUCGAUAAUAAGUCACCAGGCAAAAAUUGGGAGGAAGAACAGAACUACUCUUCUAUGUGUAAACCAGUAAAUUUUUGAACUUUUCACAGCACUCUGACACAGGGCUGUCUUAACACAUGGGCCUGAUGGGCACUUACCAUGGGCCCCAUGAGCAUAGGGACCCCAUACUAAUCUGUGUAUGUUAACUCUUCAAUGCACCUUGUCUCAUAUAAAUACAGCAACAUAUUUAUUACAU